AUGACAGUAACCGACGGGAGCACAUCAGCCUACCUCCUGUGGGCCAUCCUUGCAUGCCUCUUCCAAGGUUUCCUCCUCUACCAUCUCUGGAGCUACGAUGGCUUCAAGUGUCUUCGAUGGGAUGCCGGAAGGCAGCCGGGCGCGUUCAGGAGGGUAAUGACGUACUCCUACUUAGCGUGUAUCCCGCUCCUCGUGAUAUUCUCGGUGGGAUUAACGGUGGUCAAGUUCCAUGCAGGCGAAGUCGUCUAUCCCGAUGGCUCGAUCAUGCCAAAACCAGUCAUGCUUUGGGACGAUCACGACAGGGCAUGGGUCCUCCCUUUGUACUUCAUCCUGAGCAUUGCUUGGGCGCUAGAAAUUAUCACACAUCUCGAGGAGCUCGUUUUCUGGCUUUUCCUCCUUCAUCAAGGCCCCACCCAACGCGAUUGGUACGAAAGUUGGGAGUUCCGAACGUGGUACAUAGGGAGCACCAUCGCCAUCCUCGGCAUGCCAAUCACCGUACUCAUUACAAGGCGCCAGCUUUGGAAUUGUCUUGCAUAUAUAUUCCUCACAGGCUCCUCCGCCGGGAUUCUCACCACCAUCGCCUUCCUCUACGUGCUGUGGCAAUUUCCGGUUUUCCUCGCGCAUGUCAAGUCGGAAGGUGCCGAUCCGGAUGUGGUCGUCCGCCUCACGACGUUUUCUCAGCUCAACGUGAUUCGGGUUCUGUUCCGAUUUCUGUUUUCCGUCCCGCUUUUGGUUCUCGGCAUCGACGUGAUCUCGGGAAGGUUCUGUGUAGUUGACCACAAAUUCGCUACGGACUUCUGUCUGGAGGUGGCCGCUGUUGGGUGCUUCGCUUCCUCCACUAUCACUCUUCUCAUAUUCUUCCCGCGUUCCAUUACCCGCGAAUCUGGGUACAAACCUAAGGAACCAAGUCCGCUUCGCACGCCGACUACCACCGCGCAGCCUUUUGCGCCAUAUCCCUAUGCCCAUCAGCAGCCCAAUCUUCCAACAUUUGACUAUGUUGCUCCUGACCAUCACAUCUCAGCAAGUGCACCGGCCAACAUCAGCACUUUUACCUUUGCUCCUGGGCCGAUGCACAGACAAACUUUCGCCUACCCAACAUCACACAACGAACAAGACACUUGUGAACGCGGCGACUCCGUUCCGCUGAGUUGGCGAUUUCCUUCCUCGCGUAGCAGCCAAUGGCCCGCGGAGCUCGAUCAAUUCGCCGGCUUCUCCUUUCAUCAACAACAACGGCUAUCUGAAGAUAGCAUGAAAUUCCCUGCAGAGACUCCGUCACCAACAACGUGGAGACCUUACCCAACGCCUCAACGAAUUCAUGCGGGAUCCAUAGCAUCGCCCUCUCAUUCACGCCGCGGCUCUGGCGCUUACCCAGAUGUGCCGAACUAUGGCGAAAUUGGUCCACAUAGAACCAGUGUGGGGGGACGCAGCAGGCAUUCGUUGAGGGCACGCGCUAGUCGACCCUCAAUACGACCGCGUAAGAGCGCCGGGCAGGCCGUGAGCCACGAAGCAAACCACGAGGACACCCAUGGAGAUGAAGGGCUGGCCAGAGCGCCCAGUAGCGAAGCGGCCCCUACGGGCUCAACAAUGCACCCUUUUGCGCUCAACUUCACGUCCCCAAUCGAUUUCAUGCCUAAACCUCCGGAAGAACCUGGCGGAGACCGCGAUCAUGCUGCGGUGUGACCGAGGAUUAUUAAUCUCUUAUUUUUGUUGUAUGUUUGAGUAGUGAUGCUGCCUCUCGAUCAAGGACUAUAUUAUCACCAUCGCCGCGGUCUACGUCAAUCUCCAAUGUAUAUUCUGCCUCAAUCUCAUAACCCAGCCCCGCGCGCAGUCCCGUUGCUGGCGCUAAAUUACAGCGCUAUUCUCCGUCGUCUUCAUCGUCAUCCUCGCUGUCCAUAGAAUGGUCCGAGUCGCUAGAUUGCCCGAAAAACUCGUCUCCUCGGACGCCGCCUCCCCCUGCCUUGCGUUGUAAACUUUUGGACUUGUCACUACCGUUCGUUGUGACCUGACUCAGUUCGGGUUGCUCUGCAUCUGCCUCGUAUGCGGGGCGUCUGCUAUGCAAGCCACCCUUCCUUGCUCCCGUCGUGCCGCCGUUGUCCAGCUCAGGUUCUGCACUCAGCUCGCCGGCCUCCAUUCUCUCACGUAUCCAGGUCCGCACAUUUUCGCGCUCCAAAUCCGUCUUUGAUGAUUGAGCGGCAACUUGUUUGCUUUUGGCUUCAUGCAAAUCAUCUCCGUGCGACCGAAUCUCAGGAGGAAAGAGAGAGAUGUAUUUCUUCGUCUUAGGGUAAUGUAUCACGUAGUUCAAGUCAACCCUCAAGGAUUGCAGCCGAGAUUCUAUAUCUUGUCUAGCAUAUGGCACAGCGGUUUCCAGCUCUUUUUUUAUCUGCUUUAUCUUCCGGUCGACCUUUUUGCGGUCGAAGAAUUUCACUUUGUGAUACCGAAGUGCUAGUGUCCGCUCCUUGUUGGCAAGUUCCGCGCGUUGCAAAUCCGCCUGCAAUGUCCUGAGCCUCCUUUCCGCCUCCUGCCGCACAUCGGGCGCGAGAUCCUUCGCAAGCAACCUGGUCGUCUGCCUCAGUGCAGACUUAAUCUUCUGUACACCUGGUAACCCAGCCGUUUCGCCAUCUGAUGCGGCCCUCUUCGCCUUGCCAUGAUCUCUCUUCUUCGGGCCUGCUUUAUGCUGUCCACCGGCCGUACGCGGGGUCGAAGACUCCCCAGCCUUGUCCUCGGACUGCUUAGACCUUCGAGUGGAAGCCAUUUCCUGCAGACUUGAGGAAGACACAAGAAAGUUCAGCGAGUAUUCUGUGGGUUUUCCUGAUGUACCGGAAAAUCCGCAACUCGGAUGCCGGAAGAUGCGCUGCGCGGAGAG